UCUCCGGCCUGAGUGCCGCUCACACUAUUUACCUAAAUGGCGGAAAUGUCGUCUUGCUCGACAAGAACACUACCUCCGGAAUCAACGGUGCUCUUACCCGUACACAGACCGAUCUCGGUAUUCAAGACAGCGUCAAGCAAUUCUACGAAGAUACCUUGAAGUCGGCCAGGGACAAGGCCCGACCAGAUCUCAUCAAGGUUUUGACCUACAAGUCAGCUGGUGCCGUCGAAUGGCUGCAAGAUGUCUUCAACCUCGAUCUGACCCUUGUUUCACGUCUCGNNGGUCAUUCAUUCCCCCGUACUCACCGUGGCCAUGACGCCAAGUUCCCUGGUAUGGCCAUUACAUACGCUUUGAUGCAACGAUUCGAGGAGCUCGCCGAGACCGAACCCGAACGUGUAUCGCUUAUCAAGAAAGCCAAGGUCACCAAGAUCAACAAGGAAGGAAACAACGUUACAGGUGUCACAUAUACCUUCAACAACGAGGAAGUCACAGUUGAUGGCCCUGUCAUCCNNCUCGCAACUGGAGGCUACGCUGCCGACUUCACAAAUGACUCGCUUCUGAAGAAGUGGAGACCCGAUACCUUUGGUCUGGCUACCACCAACGGUGCCCACGCCACUGGUGAUGGCCACAAGAUGCUCAUGCAGAUUGGUGCCAACGGCAUCGACAUGGACAAGGUUCAGGUUCACCCUACUGGUUUGGUCGACCCCAAGGAUCCUGGCUCCAAGUGGAAGUUCUUGGCUGCUGAAGGUNCUCUUCGUGGUGAGGGUGGUCUUCUGCUCAACAACAAGGGUCGGCGAUUCUCAGACGAGCUCGGACACCGUGACUAUGUCUCGGGCAAGAUGUGGGAGGAGAAGGAGAAGGGAACAUGGCCAAUUCGUCUUGUUCUCAACUCCAAGGCAUCCAAUGUCCUUGACUUCCACACUCGCCACUACUCUGGUCGUGGUUUAAUGAAGAAGAUGAGCGGCGAGGAGCUGAUCAAGGAGAUCGGCUGCUCAAGAAAAGACCUUGAGAAGACCUUCGGUGAAUACAACGAGAUUGCAGAUGGCAAGCAGAAGGAUCCUUGGGGCAAGAAGUACUUCCACAACAUGCCUUUCAAGGUAGACGACACCUUCCACGUCGCUGUCAUGGAACCCGUUCUUCACUUCACCAUGGGUGGUAUCGAGAUCAACGACCAGGCACAAUGUCUGAACUCUGAGGGAAAGCCAUUCGAUGGUCUCUUCGUCUGCGGUGAGCUUGCUGGUGGUGUUCACGGCUCCAACCGUCUUGGUGGCUCAUCCUUGCUUGGUUGUGUUGUCUACGGCCGUGUUGCUGGAGACUCAGCAAGCAAGUAUCUGUUCCAACAGGUGUUGAACGGUGGUGGCUCUUCAGCAGCCCAACGUCUAGGUCAGAUCAGUCUUCACAUUGAUCCUAACCAGCCUGGAAAGAUCUCUGUCGAGUGGGCAGACGGCGUGGGCGCUUCUUCAGGCGCUAGCGAGGCCAUCAAGAGACAGUCACAACAAUCUGCUGGUCCAGUCAUGACACCAGAGGGCAAGACUGCAGACUCGUCUGAUCCUGCUAAGGUGUCAAAGCCCAACGACAUCAAGGACUUCCNNAAGGUCCCUGNNGAAACAGAGUACACUCUCGAGGAGGUUGCCAAGCACAACAAGAAGGAAGACCUUUGGAUCGCUGUCAAGGGCGUGGUCAUGAACGUGACUGACUGGGUAGAGGAGCACCCUGGUGGUCCUCAAGCUCUCUUCAGUCACAUGGGCAGAGAUGCCAGCGAAGAGUUCGAGAUGCUGCACGACGACGAGGUCAUCCCCAAGUACGCUGCCGGCAUCGUGAUUGGCCGAGUAAAGGGUCAGGAAGUCACCCUCGAGUAUUGA